AGGCUGAAGGGGAGGAGGAGGAAGCUGGAAGCCAAGAUGAGGAGGUGGCAGAGAUUCAGGCCAGAGUUGUGGGCCGCCGUCAGCAGCAAGAACAGAGAGAGAGGUGGACAGAUCUGAGAGAUACUGAGAGACGGGGCUCUCACUAUGUUACUCAGGCUGGUUUCGAACUCCUGGCUUCAAGCGAUCCUCCUGCCUUGGCCUCUCAAAGUACCGGGAUUACAGGUCUUGCAGGAGGCGCUGCGACCAAUUCAAACAUGGCGCUGUCAGCCUCACGCUCCCCGUUUUCCGCUCAUGGCGGCGUAGGGGCGGAGGUCGCGCCUGGGUGCGUCCGCACGAGAGGGCGGAACCGUCUCCAUGGCAACCCGCGCGCAGCCGGGGCCACGCAGCCAGGCGGGAAGCGCUGGUGUUGCAGCGCUGGCGACAGUCGGGGUUGCGAGCGGCCCGGGGCCGGGGCGGCCAGGGCCGCUGCAGGACGAGACCCUGGGUGUGGCGUCCGUGCCCUCGCAGUGGAGGGCCGUCCAGGGCAUCCGCGGGGAGACGAAAAGUUGCCAGACGGCCAGCAUUGCCACUGCCAACGCAUCUGCCCAGGCCAGGAAUCAUGUGGACGCCCAGGUGCAGACGGAGGCCCCCGUGCCUGUCAGCGUGCAGCCCCCGUCCCAGUACGACAUACCCCAGCUCGCAGCCUUUCUUCGGAGAGUGGAGGCCAUGGUCAUCCGAGAGCUGAACAAGAAUUGGCAGAGCCACGCGUUUGAUGGCUUCGAGGUGAACUGGACCGAGCAGCAGCAGAUGGUGUCUUGUCUGUAUACCCUGGGCUACCCGCCAGCCCAAGCGCAGGGUCUGCAUGUGACCAGCAUCUCCUGGAACUCCACUGGCUCUGUGGUGGCCUGUGCCUACGGCCGGCUGGACCAUGGGGACUGGAGCACGCUUAAGUCCUUUGUGUGUGCCUGGAACCUGGACCGGCGAGACCUGCAUCCCCAGCAGCCGUCGGCCGUGGUGGAGGUCCCCAGCGCUGUCCUGUGUCUGGCCUUCCACCCCAUGCAGCCCUCCCACGUCGCAGGAGGGCUGUACAGUGGUGAGGUGUUGGUGUGGGACCUGAGCCGUCUUGAGGACCCGCUGCUGUGGCGCACAGGCCUGACGGAUGACACCCACACAGACCCUGUGUCCCAGGUGGUGUGGCUGCCCGAGCCUGGGCACAGCCACCGCUUCCAGGUGCUGAGUGUGGCCACCGACGGGAAGGUGCUACUCUGGCAGGGCAUUGGGGCAGGCCAGCUGCAGCUCACAGAGGGCUUCGCCCUGGUCAUGCAGCAGCUGCCACGGAGCACCAAGCUCAAGAAGCAUCCCCGCGGGGAGACCGAGGUGGGCGCCACGGCAGUGGCCUUCUCCAGCUUUGACCCUAGGCUGUUCAUUCUGGGCACGGAAGGUGGCUUCCCGCUCAAGUGUUCCCUGGCAGCUGGAGAGGCAGCCCUCACGCGGAUGCCCAGCUCCGUGCCCCUGCGGGCCCCAGCACAGUUUACCUUCUCCCCCCACGGCGGUCCCAUCUACUCUGUGAGCUGUUCCCCCUUCCACAGGAAUCUCUUCCUGAGCGCUGGGACUGACGGGCAUGUCCACCUGUACUCCAUGCUGCAGGCCCCUCCCUUGACUUCGCUGCAGCUCUCCCUCAAGUAUCUGUUUGCUGUGCGCUGGUCCCCAGUGCGGCCCUUGGUUUUUGCAGCUGCCUCUGGGAAAGGUGACGUGCAGCUGUUUGAUCUCCAGAAAAGCUCCCAGAAACCCACAGUUUUGAUCAAGCAAACCCAGGAUGAAAGCCCUGUCUACUGUCUGGAGUUCAACAGCCAGCAGACUCAGCUCUUGGCUGCGGGUGAUGCCCAGGGCACAGUGAAGGUGUGGCAGCUGAGCACAGAGUUCACGGAACAAGGGCCCCGGGAAGCUGAGGACCUGGACUGCCUGGCAGCAGAGGUGGCGACCUGAGGGGUCCCGGGAGGCGGGUGCAAGCCUUCGCUGUGCCGAGCCUUGUGUUUCUGACGCAAGCCCAAUGAAGAAAAGCAAAGCUUU